AUGUUUGUGGUCAACAGGAGCAAGCUGGAGUACUCAGAGAAAAUCUCACAUGCAGAGUACUAUGACCCUGAACUUUACCCCACCAUGAAGGAGCAGAAGAACUUUGAGAGCAACGUCUUCAGCAAAACCCACAAAGCAGACAAUGAAAUAGCGUUCCUGGAGGGGAUGACCAUCGUCUAUAAGAGCAGCAUAGAUCUUUUUUUCUACGUGGUGGGAAGUGCUCAGGAAAAUGAGCUGAUGCUGAUGUCCGUCCUCAACUGUCUGUUUGAUUCCCUCACUCACAUCCUGAGUCUUGGCAGGGUGAUUUUGGAGAGUGACCCCCAACAGGUCCUACAGAAGGUCAACUACAGGGCGGACGACAACCCAUUAACCGAGCAAAGCGUUGCCCAGCACCUAACAGAGAAGCUGGCGCUCACCACUAAUGUUCUUCAGUCAGCGAAGGAGCAGAUAAAAUGGUCCAUCCUAAAAUGACAUGGGAAGAAGAAAAAUAAAAUCAAUGAAAGAAAUGUUGGAUAUCUCUAAGCUAUUUUCCUAGAUCCAGGUCAUCAGCUGACAGAAAAGGGCCCAGUAAAAUAGUUUGUUUUUUGAUUUUAUUUUUUUCUGAUGGUGAUUCGUUACAUUUGUUUAAAGUGUAUUUAAUUGGUUUUAUUGUAUUUUUGUCUAAUUGAUGGAUGUAUAGAGUGGAAAUGUAGCAAGCCAAACGGUGCUGCAGGUUAUUAAAGGGACACCCAGGAAAUGAUCCAGUGCCUGAUCAGUCAGCAGAAAGGUUGAAAUAUGAAACGAAAACGUUUUAACUGAUAUUUUCAACCAAAUAUCCCAUAUUUAAUGGUGGUUUCUUCUCUUUAAAUUAUGUUUUACUCACCGUCUCACAAGAAUAUCUGCUGUAGCUUCAGUGGGAUUAAAAAAAAAAACAUUGAGGGGAAAAAAAAACAAAUAUGCUUUAAAGUGGUUUGAAAAUAUUUCAAACUAAAACGUUUUGCCUUUUUUCAGCAGGAAUUUGGACUUUAGGCCUAAAUAAACAGCAGCGACCUUUUCUACAGAGUUUGAAGGAUUAUUUACUUUAAAAGUUAACAACACUAAGAGCAGCUUGGGUGGUUUUUAUUACAGAUGCACUGAAAACAAGAUGCAAAAAUAUUCACUAGAUUUUAUUAUCAAGAAGAAAACAAAGAAGCUAAACCUGGAAAUGUUACAAAAUAUUGUCUGUUUUACUUUUCGUGAUAAACUCAGAUUGUUCGUAGAUAAUAAAUAUUUUCAUAGAUGAAAAUAAAUAAAAUGCCAAAGAUGAUUUUUAUUGGAGGGGAUGUUACUGAAAGGAGCUGAUUUUAUCUGCUGUUGGUGAGACUCACAAUAAAAACGCUCAUACUGGU